AAGAAGGGUCAAUCAGCAUAACCUCUCAGAAGGUUCAAGAAAUUUACUUGUUAUAAACCAAUACCCAACACAAAUUUUCAUUGUGAAAGUCCAAUUUGCCCUUGCACAGGGAAUCAUAGUUCCCAUUUGCAACACCUACACUGAACGCUACCUUAGCCAAACUCUACGUUUCAUCUGCUGAUAUAAGACCUAAUUUUAGCAAGAAGUAGAUGUCAAAGCUUCUGGCUUUCGUUCAUUGACAGAGUGAGAGACAAAUGGAGAGAAAAGUUCUUGUUGUGUGCUGUUUUGUUGGUUUCUUGGGGCUUUUAUCAGCUGCUACUGGUUUUGGUGCAGAGGCAACAAGGAUUAAGGGUUCUGAAGUUCAUGUCACUGGCUCUUCUCAAUGUUCAUACCCCAGGAGUCCAGCCCUUGGCCUUGGUUUAACUGCAGUGGCGUCUCUUCUGAUAGCCCAAAUUACUAUAAGUGUCGCUACUGGGUGUUUUUGUUGCAGACAAAGCCCUGAUCUUACACAGUCUAAUUGGAAGAUAGCUUUGGUCUGCUUCGUUGUUUCUUGGAUCACUUUUGUUAUAGCUUUUCUUUUGUUGCUAACGGGCGCGGCACUCAAUGAUCAAAACGGUGAAGAGGGUUUGUACUUUGGUAGUUACUAUUGCUAUGUCGUGAAACCUGGAGUUUUUGCUGGGGGUGCUGUUCUGGCCCUUGCAACUGUUGCCCUCGGAAUACUUUAUUAUCUCAACUUAAACUCCGUGAAGAAUAACAAUAGUAAUCAAUGGAGCAACACUUCUGGUCCUCAUGAUGGUGGCAUAGCAAUGGGACAGCCCCAGUUCCCGCCGCCAACCUGUGAAGAUCCUGUUUUUGUACAUGAAGACACAUAUAUGAGACGGCAACAAUACACUUGAUUGAUUAUUUCUUCUUCAAAGACUAGGUGGGUCAUUCCAAACUGUUGUCGUUGCGCUAUGGUAGGCUGGCGCUUUACUAUAAGUUUUCUGUAUCUUGUGGCAUUCAUAAAAUGAUCUUUUUGCUUAUUUUUUCAACCAUGGAGAGAUUUUAGAUUGUAUGUGAAAUAUCUAGAAGCUGCAUAUAGUUUUAAAUUUGUAUAUGGUCAUGGAUGGAUGCUUGGCACACUCAAUUUUGAUGCUAUUGAGGUCGCAGAAUCCUGUAAAGGUAAGUUCAGUUUCUUAUAUACAAAGAUUCAGAAAAGUUGAGUAGCAUUGAAGAAUAUUGCUUUCCAAAAAGAUGCAAAAAAGAUUUGGGGAUGAUGAAGGUUUGUUGAAGCAAAAUACCCUUUUGUAUAGACUAGUAAGGUUUGUAAAUGCUGCAUAGCUGUUGCAAGAACUUUGUAAUUUCCUUUGUAUUGUGAAUGCUUUACCUAUUUUUCUAGCA